GCGGCGGCGGCGCCGCGCGUGAGGGGCCGCCUGGGGCCGAGCGGGCGCCGCCAACAUGUCGGAUACCAAGGUAAAAGUUGCCGUCCGUGUCCGGCCCCUGAACCGACGAGAACUGGAACUGAACACCAAGUGCGUGGUGGAGAUGGAAGGGAAUCAAACGGUCCUGCACCCUCCUCCUUCUAACACCAAACAGGGAGAAAGGAAACCUCCCAAGGUAUUUGCGUUUGAUUAUUGCUUUUGGUCCAUGGAUGAAUCUAACACUACAAAAUAUGCUGGUCAAGAAGUGGUUUUCAAGUGCCUUGGGGAAGGAAUUCUUGAGAAAGCCUUUCAGGGGUAUAAUGCUUGCAUUUUUGCAUACGGACAGACAGGCUCAGGAAAAUCCUUCUCCAUGAUGGGCAACGCUGAGCAGCGGGGCCUCAUUCCAAGGCUCUGCUGUGCUUUAUUUCAAAGGAUCUCCCUGGAGCAAAAUGAGUCACAGACCUUUAAAGUCGAAGUAUCCUAUAUGGAAAUUUAUAAUGAGAAAGUUCGGGAUCUUUUAGACCCCAAAGGGAGUAGACAGUCUCUUAAAGUUCGAGAGCAUAAAGUUUUGGGACCAUAUGUAGAUGGUUUAUCCCAACUGGCUGUCACUAGUUUUGAGGAUAUCGAGUCAUUGAUGUCUGAGGGAAAUAAGUCUCGGACGGUAGCUGCGACCAACAUGAAUGAAGAAAGUAGCCGCUCGCAUGCUGUGUUCAGCAUCAUCAUCACACAGACGCUGUAUGACCUACAGUCUGGGAAUUCGGGAGAGAAAGUGAGCAAGGUCAGCUUGGUGGACCUGGCGGGUAGCGAGAGAGUGUCGAAAACGGGAGCCGCGGGAGAGCGACUGAAAGAAGGCAGCAACAUUAACAAAUCACUCACGACCUUGGGGUUGGUUAUCUCAUCUCUGGCUGACCAGGCAGCUGGCAAGGGUAAAAACAAAUUUGUGCCUUAUCGCGAUUCAGUCCUCACUUGGCUUCUUAAGGACAAUCUGGGGGGCAACAGCCAGACCUCUAUGAUCGCCACCAUUAGCCCAGCAGCAGACAACUACGAAGAGACCCUCUCCACGCUGAGAUAUGCCGAUCGAGCCAAAAGGAUCGUUAACCAUGCCGUUGUGAAUGAGGAUCCCAAUGCAAAAGUCAUCCGGGAACUGAGGGAGGAAGUGGAGAAACUGAGAGAGCAACUCUCGCAGGCUGAGGCUAUGAAGGCCCCUGAACUGAAAGAGAAGCUCGAAGAGUCUGAAAAGCUGAUAAGAGAACUAACAGUGACUUGGGAAGAGAAGCUGAGGAAAACAGAAGAAAUUGCACAGGAGAGGCAACGACAGCUUGAAAGUAUGGGGAUUUCCCUGGAGACGUCUGGUAUCAAGGUGGGGGAUGACAAGUGCUACUUAGUCAACCUGAAUGCAGACCCUGCUCUCAACGAACUUCUGGUUUAUUAUCUAAAGGACCAUACCAGGGUAGGUGCAGAUACCUCUCAGGACAUCCAGCUCUUUGGGAUAGGAAUUCAGCCUGAGCACUGUGAGAUUGAUAUUGCUUCUGAUGGAGAGGUCACCCUCACUCCAAAAGAAAAUGCAAGGUCCUGUGUAAACGGCACCCUCGUGGGCAGCGCCACCCAGCUGUGGCACGGGGACCGAAUCCUGUGGGGAAAUAACCACUUCUUCAGAAUUAAUUUACCUAAGAGGAAGCGGCGAGAUUGGUUGAAAGACUUUGAGAAAGAAACGGGCCCGCCAGAGCAUGACCUGGAUGCAGCCAGUGAGGCUUCCUCGGAACCAGACUAUAACUAUGAAUUCGCGCAGAUGGAGGUUAUCAUGAAAACGCUGAAUAGUAAUGACCCAGUUCAAAAUGUGGUUCAGGUCCUGGAGAAACAGUACCUGGAAGAAAAGAGGAGCGCCCUUGAGGAACAGCGGCUCAUGUAUGAGCGGGAGCUGGAGCAGCUCCGGCAGCAGUUGUCCCCAGAGAGGCGGCCCCGGAGCGGCGGCCCGGACCGCCUGGCCGACGGCAGCCAGACCGCUCAGCAGAAAGUGACCCAGUGGGCAGAGGAGAGGGAUGAACUCUUCCGCCAAAGCCUGGCAAAACUGCGGGAGCAGCUGGUCAAAGCUAACACCUUGGUGAGGGAGGCUAACUUCUUAGCCGAGGAGAUGAGCAGACUCACCGACUACCAGGUGACUCUGCAGAUCCCUGCUGCAAACCUCAGUGCCAAUAGAAAGAGAGGCGCGAUAGUGAGCGAGCCUGCUAUUCAAGUGAGGAGGAAAGGAAAGAGCACGCAAGUGUGGACCAUCGAGAAGCUGGAGAAUAAAUUAAUUGAUAUGCGAGACCUUUAUCAAGAAUGGAAGGAGAAGGUUCCUGAGACAAAGCGACUCUACGGGAAACGAGGUGACCCUUUCUAUGAAGCCCAAGAGAAUCACAACCUAAUUGGCGUGGCUAAUGUGUUCUUGGAGUGUCUGUUCUGUGAUGUGAAACUUCUGUAUGCAGUUCCUAUCAUCAGCCAGCAGGGGGAGGUUGCCGGGCGUCUCCACGUGGAGGUGAUGCGAGUUACAGGCACCGUCCCGGAGCGCGUGGUGGAGGAUGACUCCUCAGAGAACUCCAGUGAAAGCGGGAGUCUUGAAGUCGUAGACAGCAGCGGGGAAAUCAUUCACCGAGUCAAAAAACUGACGUGCCGGGUAAAAAUUAAAGAGGCAACUGGGCUGCCCUUAAACCUCUCAAAUUUCGUCUUCUGCCAAUACACAUUCUGGGACCAGUGUGAAUCCACAGUGGCCGCCCCUGUAGUGGACCCAGAGGUGCCUUCCCCACAGUCCAAGGAUGCCCAGUACACUGUGACCUUCUCUCACUGUAAGGACUACGUGGUGAGCGUAACGGAAGAAUUCCUGGAGUUCAUUUCAGAUGGGGCGCUGGCCAUCGAAGUAUGGGGCCACCGAUGCACCGGGAACGGCAGCUCUGUCUGGGAAGUCGAUUCCCUUCAUGCGAAGACAAGAACGUUGCACGACAGGUGGAACGAGGUUACUCGCAGAAUAGAAAUGUGGAUCUCCAUACUAGAGCUGAAUGAGCUGGGAGAGUACGCCGCUGUGGAGCUUCACCAGGCAAAAGAUGUCAACACAGGAGGUGUCUUUCAGCUCAGACAGGGUCAUUCCCGGAGAGUGCAAGUCACAGUGAAGCCUGUCCAGCGUUCUGGGACACUGCCACUCAUGGUCGAAGCUAUCUUGUCCAUCUCCAUUGGCUGCGUGACUGCCAGGUCCACCAAGCUCCAGAGAGGGCUGGACAGUUACCAGAGAGAUGAUGAGGAUGGUGAUGAUAUGGAUAGUUAUCAGGAAGAAGACUUAAACUGUGUGAGAGAGAGGUGGUCUGAUGCCCUCAUUAAACGGCGAGAAUACCUAGAUGAACAGAUUAAAAAAGUCAGCAAUAAAAAAGAGAAGACGGAGGACGACGUGGAGCGGGAAGCCCAUCUGGUGGAGCAGUGGGUAGGGCUGACGGAGGAGAGGAAUGCCGUGCUGGUACCUGCGCCCGGCAGCGGGAUCCCCGGGGCGCCCGCCGACUGGAUCCCACCACCUGGAAUGGAAACCCACAUACCUGUUCUCUUCCUUGAUUUGAAUGCGGAUGACCUCAGUGCCAAUGAGCAGCUUGUGGGCCCCCAUGCAUCGGGCGUGAACUCCAUCCUCCCCAAGGAGCAUGGCAGCCAGUUUUUCUACCUGCCCAUCAUAAAGCACAGUGAUGAGGAGGUUUCAGCCACAGCCUCCUGGGACUCCUCGGUGCAUGAUUCCGUUCACCUGAAUAGGGUCACCCCACAAAGUGAACGGAUUUACCUGAUAGUGAAGACCACAGUCCAGCUCAGCCACCCGGCUGCUAUGGAGCUGGUAUUACGAAAACGGAUUGCAGCCAAUAUUUACAACAAACAGAGUUUCACCCAGAGUUUAAAGAGGAGAAUAUCACUGAAGAAUAUAUUUUAUUCCUGUGGUGUAACCUAUGAAAUAGUGUCCAACAUACCAAAGGCAACAGAGGAGAUUGAGGACCGGGAGACUCUGGCUCUCCUGGCAGCGAGGAGUGAGAACGAAGGCACAGCAGACGGGGAGACGUACAUCGAGAAGUAUACGCGAGGCGUGCUGCAGGUGGAGAACAUCCUGAGCCUGGAACGGCUCCGGCAGGCAAUCACGGUCAAAGAAGCACUUUCCACCAAAGCUCGGCACCUGCGGCGAAGCCUCAGCACACCAAAUGUUCAUAAUGUGUCUUCUAGUCGACCAGACCUUUCUGGCUUUGACGAUGAUGAUAAGGGUUGGCCAGAGAACCAGUUAGACAUGUCUGACUACAGCCCCAGUUACCAGGAUGUAUCGUGUUAUGGAACUUUGCCCAGGGAUUCACCUCGAAGGAGUAAAGAAGGCUGUACGUCAGAGAAUCCUCAUGCCUUAACAGUCAGCCCUUUUAAAGCAUUCUCACCUCAGCCGCCAAAGUUUUUCAAGCCCCUAAUGCCUGUAAAAGAAGAGCAUAAGAAAAGGAUGGCACUUGAAGCGAGGCCUCUUCUAAGCCAGGAGAGCAUGUCUCCACCUCAGGCACGUAACCCUGGCUGCAUUGUGCCCUCGGGAAGCAAUGGCAGCAGCAUGCCUGUAGAACACAAUAGCAAACGUGGGAAGAAGAUUGACUCUGAAGAGGAGGAAAACGACCUAGAAGCUCUUAACCGGAAGCUGAUAAGUUCACAGCCUUACGUACCUGUGGAGUUUGCCGACUUCAGUGUUUACAAUGCCAGCUUGGAGAACAGAGAGUGGUUUUCUUCUAAAGUCGAUUUGACGAACUCAAAGGUCCUGGAGAAAGAAGUGUCCUGCAGCCCCACCACCAGCAGCAUCACCAGUGGCUACUUUUCCCACAGUGCCUCCAACGCCACCCUGUCUGACAUGGUGGUCCCUUCUAGUGACAGCUCAGAUCAGCUGGCCCUUCAGACAAAGGAUGCAGACUCCAGUGAGCAUCCCGGAGCAUCACUUGUGCAUGACUUCAGACCGUCCUCAAACAAAGAGUUGACAGAACUAGAAAGAGGCUUGGUAAAGGAUGAGAUGACGAUGGUGCCACUCAAGGAAAACAGUGCCUUAGCCAAAGGGAGCCCAUCAUCCCAAAGCAUCCCGGAGAAAAGCUCCAAAACCUGCUGUAGGACCAGCUCAUGUUCAGAACAAGAUGCCUGCUCCAGCAAAAAUGGCCAGCCGGCCAUGGGAUUCUGCCCCAGGGAGGUGACCGUAGAACAUACCACAAACAUCCUCGAGGACCAUUCUUUCACAGAGUUUAUGGGUGUGUCAGAUGGGAAAGAUUUUGAUGCUUUGACAGAUCCUUCUGCUGGAGAACUUUCGAGUAGGAGGAACCUACCAAAUACAAUGGACAGUAAGAGUGUGUCAGAUGGGCCACAGGACCCCGGCCAGCUGUGUUCCUCGGCAGAGAGUGACCAGGUGAUAAUUCCAGGGACGGUCUUUCGGGUCCUGUGCUACCGAUGGGCGCACCUAAUUGUGCCCCAACCGCCAGAGGCCCUUUAUCACAGUGACUUAGUAGGAGAGAUUCAGUCAGAUGUUUCCGACAGGGACAAGGGGCCCACUUGGGGACCAAGUUCACAUGCUGCCCAGCUGGCUGGCUCUGGCGGAGCAAGUCUGCUUUCAUAGUUUCCGAGUGGGGUUAUGACGUAUGUAGGACCAGCAUAUGCGUUCACAUUGAAUUAAGCGUUCACCUCGAUAGGGAUCAGUCAAUCUCGCGCUCACUCCCCGAGAUGUUUAAUUACGGGCUCUCCCACCGUAUCCUGGUAGCAUCUACCAUAUUUCAUCACAUCUGUGAUUUCUUUGAUUAUUAGAUACGCUAUUAUUUCAUGUAUCAUUAAAGCAAAAUACUUCCAAUUAAACUAUAUCAUAUCAGCAGUUUCAGAGACGUUAAAAAGCACGGGGUGGUGCUGGGGCAGAGAUGCAUCGCAGAGUUGAUAAAAUACAUCCAUUUGGUGCCCAUGGGAUAAGAAAUGCUUUGGGGAAGCACAGGUGAAUCCCCUGAGCAAUUUAAGUGUGGGCUUUGGAAGUUACCCAGGUUGCUUUAUUACAGUGUUUAAUUUUCGUAUUGGAACAAAAUGGGCUUUUGCUAAUAUUCCUGAGGAAAAUAAUGAAUCGUAUAAUUACGAGUACCACCAUCUCUUCCCAUCCAGGGUCACUGUUUUGAUCCCACACCCCAGCCAUAGCUGUGUAAGGGGUAUGGGAGCGCCCGUCUUAGCAAGACAAAGAGCCGACAGAAUUAGAAAGCAGCUCAGUGAAGGAGCAGAUAAUCAGCGUGCCCGUCUGUCUCUCUUGUUUUUUUUUUUUUUUU